GCCCCCAGUGACUGGGGAGUGGAUGAGAACCCUGGAUGGGUGGCUGUUUUCUUAAGGCACAAACACUCACACACACCUGACCCUACACCUUUCACUUGGCUGCAUUUUGGAAUCACCUGGGGAGUUUUAAACAAUGCUGACGCCUAGGUUCAGCCUCCAGAGAUUCUGAUUUAAUUGCUUCAGAGUGUGGCUUGGCGGUUUUAAAACCACAAUGUGCCGCAAAGCUUGAGAAUCACUGCCCGACACCAGUCCUCUUUCCUUAUCUGGAGUCAGGGGCACCUUCAGCUUCUCCAGUCACCUGCCCAGGGCUCCUGAACCACUGAACCUGAGGCUUUGUUCUCGGACAGCUGGAAGGGGGAGGGGCCUGGAAGCUUCCAGUCCUGCUGUCAGUGGAGGACAGGCCUUCAGGCAAGGACCCAGGAAUCCAGCUCCAGACUCUGGUGCCCCAGCGGCAGCCUCCUCAGUCCCCGACGGGACAGGAAGUGUCCGGCAGAGGUGGGGGUGGAGGUGAUUGGCAGUUGGAGGCUCCAAUGGGCCGAGACCCCCCCCCUCUUUCACCCCUCUCCUUCCAUUGGCGCCUGGGUGGAGCCGCCCCCACUGCGGGCCCGGGCGGGAGGGAGGAGAGGCCGGGGCAGAGGGCGAGGGCGGAGGGCGCUGGCGGCGGCGGCCGCGGAAGAUGAGCAGCAGCUGCUCAGGGCUGAGCAGGGUCCUGGUGGCUGUGGCUACAGCCCUGGUGUCUGCCUCCUCCCCCUGCCCCCAGGCCUGGGGCCCCCCAGGGGUCCAGUAUGGGCAGCCUGGCAGGUCCAUGACGCUGUGUUGCCCUGGAGUGGCCGCUGGGGCCCCAGUGUCCUGGUUUCGGGACGGGGAGACAAGGCUGCUCCAGGGACCUGGCUCUGGGCUAGGGCAUGAACUGAUCUUGGCGCGGGCAGACAGCACUGACGAGGGCACCUACAUCUGCCAGACCCUGGAUGGUGCACCUGGGGGCAUAGUGACCCUGCAGCUGGGCUACCCCCCAGCCCGCCCAGUUGUCUCCUGCCGAGCAGCUGACUAUGAGAACUUCUCCUGCACUUGGAGUCCCAGCCAGGUCAGCGGUUUACCCACCCGCUACCUCACCUCCUACAGGAAGAAGACGGUGCCAGGAGCUGAUGGCCAGAGGAUGAGUCCAUCCACAGGGCCCUGGCCAUGCCCACAGGACCCCCCAGGGGCAGCCCGCUGUGUAGUCUACGGGGCAGAGUUCUGGAGCCAGUACCGCAUCAAUGUGACUGAGGUGAACCCCCUGGGGGCCAGCACACGCCUGCUGGAUGUGAGCUUGCAGAACAUCUUGCGCCCUGACCCACCCCAGGGGCUGCAGGUAGAGUCGGUGCCUGGCUACCCCCGCCGCCUGCGUGCCAGCUGGACGUACCCUGCCUCCUGGCCCCGCCAGCCCCACUUCCUGCUCAAGUUCCGGCUGCAGUACCGUCCAGCGCAGCAUCCAGCCUGGUCCACGGUGGAGCCGGCGGGACUGGAGGAGGUGAUCACGGACGCUGUGGCCGGGCUGCCCCACGCCGUGCGGGUCAGCGCCCGGGACUUUCUGGACGCUGGCACCUGGAGCGCCUGGAGCCCCGAGGCCUGGGGCACUCCGAGCACUGGGCCCCUCCCAAAGGAGAUGCCAGCAGGGGGCCAGCCCCACCUGCAGCUGGAGGAGGAGCCUCAGGCAGACAGCCCUGCUCCCCCAAGACCCUCCCAUCUGCCAGACCCCCGGCCACUUGACCACAGGGACCCCCUGGAGCAGGCGGCUGUGCUGGCAUCUUUGGGAAUCUUCUCUUUCCUGGGACUGGCUGCUGGGGCCCUGGCACUGGGGCUGUGGCUGCGGCUGAGACCGGGUGGGAAGGAUGGACCCCAAAAGCCUGGGUUCUUGGCCCCAAUGAUUCCAGUGGAUAAGCUUCCAGGAGCUCCAAACCUGUAGAGGACCCAGGAGGGCUUCAGCUGAUUCCACCUAUAACUCUGUCUUGCUGGUGUGGAUGGACGGACAGAUAGAACCCAGGCAGGACAGUAGAUCCCCAUGGAGGGGGAUGGGUCUCAGCUGGAAGUUCUGUUUGGAGCCCAUUUCUAUGAGACUCUGUGUUCUAAACUUGCCAGCUGAAAGGUGCCUGGACCUCUGACUCAUCCCAGAGCUGGAGGUCCACCCGAGGAAUGUGUGUAGAUGAGUAUGUCUGUGUCCCUGUGUGCCGUGAGUAUGUGAGGCAGGGAACAUGUGUUCUCUGCAUGUAUGUAUGUAGGUGCCUGGGGAGUGUGUGUGGGUCCUUGGCUCUUGGCCUUGCCCCUGGCGGUGGUUGUGAAGGUGUGAAUAAAGAGAAUGAGGAGAUU